GCCAUGAAAUCCCAGAGCAUGACAGGUUAAGGUGAAGUCUGCCAUGAAAUCCCAGAGCAAGACGCGCUUGAUCGGACCAAACUGCCCUGGGAUCAUCAAGCCUGGAGAGUGUAAGAUCGGAAUCAUGCCGGGAUACAUCCACAAGCCGGGUCGCAUUGGCAUUGUUUCUCGGUCCGGUACACUGACUUACGAAGCGGUUUUUCAAACGACUGCUGUUGGUCUGGGCCAGUCGACCUGCGUUGGGAUCGGAGGCGAUCCAUUCAACGGAACGAAUUUCGUGGACUGUUUGGAGCGUUUUGUCCAGGACUCACAAACGGAAGGCAUUAUUUUGAUUGGAGAGAUCGGUGGAACCGCGGAAGAGGAUGCUGCGCAAUUUAUCAAGGAGAGUGGGACGGAAAAGCCUGUAGUGUCCUUCAUUGCAGGAUUGACAGCCCCGCCUGGGCGUCGAAUGGGUCACGCUGGAGCUAUAAUCUCGGGAGGCAAAGGCACGGCCCAGGACAAAAUCAAAACACUGAAAGCUGCGGGAGUCACGGUUGUAGAAUCACCAGCCAAGAUUGGUGAAGCGAUGCACCAGGAAUUUAAGAAGCGAAACAUGCUUUGACAAUGUCGAUCGAUCGAGAGAGAGAGAGACGAGAAAUAACACACUAUUUUUUGUUCUCCA